UCACAAGAAACACCAACAGGCAUAUUUUAUACUGACUGGUAUUUUAAAUACUAGUAAUGUGUAUCUCAUACGUUGUACAUAUGUACAACAAGCUCAAAGUCCAUUUAUACAAUACUAUCAAGAGAAGAACAUUUGAGGCGGGCCUUUACAGAAAAAAAACCAUUAGGAGUUUGAUCAGGUGCAAUUGAGUAGUAUUCAUCCCCUGUCGACCGGCCACACCCACCGUGUACUCCUUGUCACGAUCGGGUAAAGUGAUUUGAGUAAAAUUUUAAAGUAGAAGACGUAGUCACAAUGGCCAGCAAUGUCACCAGAGCGCAGGAGAUCAUUCUCUGUCACCUGUGUGAUGCGAGAGCCGCUGCACUUCACUGUAAUUCAUGUCAGGUCAACUUAUGUGAGGAGUGCGUAGGGAAACAUUAUCUGACGUCAUCGUCUUCUGCACAUGAGGUUGUUAAAUACAAAGACAGGAAGUUCCAUCUUAUUUUCACAAACUGCGAGUCUCACAAAAAUGAAAAAUGUACCGUGCAUUGUGAAAAUUGUGAUAAACCGAUUUGUAUAAAAUGUGUGACAGGGGUCCAUAAAGGACACGAGGCUUCCGAUCUCUCGGAAAUAAUUGAAUCAAAAAAGCGCCAGAUCGAGGAAAACACUACUCAUCUUGAAAAUCUAAAUCUUCAGUUUGACCAAGCCGAUGCAAGGAUCUCAACAAAUUUGGCAGAUUUUAUUUCAAGAUGUGAUGAUUUGCAAAUAGCCGUUGACAAAUGUGGAAAAGAGUGGCAUCGCAUCGCCGAUGAAAUCGUCGAUAAAAAUAAAAAAGACAUCGCCAAGAUGAAAGAAGAAGGAAUUCGAGAAAUAAGAGGUUACCAAGACGAAAACAAGAACACACAGCAAUCAUUAAUGGAAGCAGUUAGACAGAAUCGAAAGAUUAUUCAGUCUGUUGAUGCAGAUGAGAUCAAGCAAUACAAAUACGAGGAAGGGGAAUUGUGUCAAAGGGGACCUUUAGAAUUUGAUAUAACUCAACCAUCCUUUGUCCCCGGUCAGGUCAAUUUUUCCGAACUACUUGAAAAUUUUGGGAAACUUCACUUUACCAAAAUAUCAACGCCAAUGUCUAAUACUGCAGCAUCCCAUACCACCGCAACCAUAGAAAAAAUGCUAGACGAAGUUAUUAAAAUCGCUAAAUUUAAGACUAAUGACAAUCUUAGGCAUCUUUAUUGUAUUGGUACAGAGGAAGUUUGGGUAAGUUACGAUAAAAAGGCGAGGAUCGAAUGUAUGAACAUACAUGGAUCAGUCAUGAAGUCUUGUAUUUCAACUUGUAUGGACUGGAGUGGUUACCCAAGUGGCAUUUCGGUUACAAGAAAAGGAGAACUAGUGUAUACAGAUAAAAGGAGUAGAACUGUUAAUGCUUACCGAGAUGGAAGACAUAUUUUUCUCAUCAUGGUAGGACAGGGAUGGCAACCGAUGGCAGUGUGUUAUACAAAACUGGAGGAAUUACUUGUCUCUUUGAAAUCGGUUGAUGAUAGUGCGUGUAAAAUUGUCCGUUACAAAGAACAAACAAUCAUUCAAGAAAUAAUCAAGGAUAAUCAAGGCGAUCCGUUAUAUAAAGGAGGAAAUAAGAUGCUCUAUGUGACGGAAAACAUUAACAGUGAUGUCGUUGCUUCUGAUUGCAACGCCCAAAUCGUUGUCGUAGUUAACAGUGCAGGUACAUUGCGAUAUUAUUAUAAAGGACACAAGUCCAUCAAGGGUAAAUUUACUCCUGGCUCCAUUGUCACUGAUUCAGGAGGUCGUAUCUUGGUGGAAGAUGAUGGGAGUAAUUGUAUCCAAAUCACUGAUCAGGAUGGACAGUACCUAAGACAUCUGAAUUAUUGCGGCAUACUGAGCUUGGACACACUCGGGCGACUGUGGGUGGGGAAGUUUAUUGGUAACAAAGUGAAUGUGAUCAAAUAUACAAAAUAAUAAGAAGGAAGAUACAUGCAUUUGAUAUAUUGUAGUACUAGUCUUUAUCCCGAGCUAUUAGUAUUUAUAUCGUUUAUAUUGGGUACAAAUACAUUUUUCUCCUUCAUUUGAUCUAAGCGCAAAACAGUAAAAUGUGAAGUUUUGACAAAACACUUUAAGGUAAAAUUUUCAUCCCAGAAAACUGUUUUAAGUUUUCGAAUUGACAAGGUAUCUAAAUCAGAUGACUGUUUAAAUGUUUAUCAUUCAUGCAUUUCUUCGUGUGCCCAUGAUGAAUAUGAUUGUAUCAU